GAGAUUAAUGGAGAUGCCAAAUUCAUCUCUGUAUUCAGGCAAAUUCAUCAUCGUCUUCGCUUAAUCCACAAGGCAAUUUCCCUUGUACCAACCCUCUCGCCCUCUCCAUCAUCCACAACAAAAAAAUCAACACCAAGGAGAGGAAGAGAGGUUACUCAAUCUUCACCCAUUUUCCCUUCGCUGCAAAUCGAAGAAUCCCAUUUCCUUCGCCCCAUCGACUAAGAAACAUAUCGCAUUCUGGGUGGAUUUCCUUCGAUUCUGAUCAAAUCAAAUCACCCUCUUCGUCAAUUUACUGUUCCCUUCCUUCAUACCCAGAUACUCCUUUUCCUGUUCCAUCGAGAUCUCAGAUACCCAGUUCGGGUUUCGCUAAUUUUUGUAUAUAUUCGAUCGAUCCAUCCAUUUUCCUCUCUCUAUAUGGCUUUUCUGCGACCUUUCUUGCUCUUCUGCCUAAUUUCCGUAUCUUUCGCCCAUGAAGCUUUCGAUUCUCAUCUCCUGCCGAGGCCGCUUAUUCUUGAAUUUCCCCAGAAAGUUGAGAAUCAGUUGGAGGAAUUGGACGGAGAGAUCAAAUUGAGGUGCGAUAGUUGGAGAUUCAAUGCAGAGGCUAACAAUCUGAGCCCCUGGAGAAGGAUUCCGCUUGAAUGUGCGGAAUAUGUGAAAGAGUACUCCUCGGGUCGAGCCUAUCAGCUUGAUGUUGAAACUGCGUCGAAGGAGGCUGAAAUUUUUGCAAAGAGUGUGAAAUUGGUUGGCGAUGGGAAGGAUGUUUGGAUUUUCGACAUUGAUGAGACCUUGCUUUCUAAUCUUCCCUAUUACACAGAGCAUGGUUAUGGUUCGGAUGUUUUUAAUCCUUUGGAGUUUGAUAACUGGGUCCAGAAGGCUACGGCACCUGCUCUUCUGCCAAGUUUAAAACUCUAUAAAGAGCUUUUGGAUUUAGGGUUCAAGGUGGUUUUGCUUACUGGAAGGAGCGAAAGCCAGAGGGAAGUUACAACACAGAAUUUGAUAGAUGCAGGGUAUUAUGGCUGGGAAAGACUCAUAUUGAGGACACCCGAUGACCAAGGGAAGUUAGCAGUAUUUUUCAAAUCCGAGAAGCGGAGCGAGAUGGAAAACGAAGGAUAUCGAAUCAUCGGAAACUCUGGUGACCAAUGGAGUGAUCUAUUGGGUACUUCAGUAUCGCUUCGUUCGUUCAAGCUUCCAAAUGCUAUGUAUUACAUUUCCUGAAUAUAGGGAGGGGAGGCAUCACAUCAUCAAUAGUAUUAAUUAUUAUUAAACUAUGAUUCAUGAUCUCCUAAAUAAUUGUACAUAUUUUGAAGAUGUAUAACUUUAUGGAGAUUUGAUUCAGCAUGUAGUUAAGCCACAUCUAUGAAAGCUUUCAUUAUUAGCGUUGAUGACAGAUGAAACUCCUAUUAUUGUAAGUUCCAAUAGACAUACUUAAUCAAGUCAGCGGAUUCUAAAACCUUUGAGCAA